UGCCAGGGCGACUCGACGUUUGUACAGCUGUCAAACGAUGGGAGAAACAUAUAAAGUUUCUGAUAGUCCAAAGAUACAGAUUUUGGAGAAUAAGCUGGCAACAGAUCUGGCAGAACUGAAGCUGGAGAUUGAGGAAAGUGGAAUAUUACAAGGAACACCAACUCGACCCUUCAGUUCUGUUAGCAUACCGAGGGAUGUUUCCUAUUUCAGAAAGGAACGAGAAUUGCUCCUAAAGAAAGGAUUGCAGGUGGCUGAUGCAAAACAACUUGUAAUCCAAGCAGAUGUUAUGCAGAGAGAGCUGGAGAGUUGCCUGAGACUGGAGUACACAGCCAACAACUUGCCUCUUCUCCUCCACCAGUUUUUUACAGAUCGGAUUCACCAGCUAGUUCAGUGCAAGUAUCUGCACAUGCUCCGAUGGAAAAGGUUUUGUCAGCAUACAAAGCGUGUUGAGCAACUUUACCCCCUCUACAAGAAACAAAUUUCUCAUAUUAUGAAAGAAUAUGAUGAUGCUGUUCAAAGGGCUCAGAGGCUUUCAAUAGCCCGUGAAUGCCUUUUAACAGAAACAGGGAAUCCCAGUAGAUGUGUGACACAAGAAGAUGUAAUUAUCUACCUGCAGUGGCUGGUGUGCCAUUUCUAUUCUGUCACAACUAUUCACAACUACUUGAGGGCAUUGCAGUACCUGCCCAUGUCCCAUCAGAUUGAGGUUACACCUGAGAAGCUUUCCGAUGUCCUGACAGAUGAUGAGGAUAAAAUCAGCAUCGCUACGCAUCUUUCCUCUUUCCAUGUGCCCACGCGGCCUGGUACAGCCUUUUCCAGUGUCUCCGGAUCAGCUGGAAAAACUUCUGCUCUCCUGUUGUCAGCUGGAACCCAUGCAAUCUCAACCUUCAAGAGCUCUCCUGUCAUAGAUUUUGAAGGUGUGUUUAAUGCUGAGGUUAACCAUCGUCUCCCUGUACACAUGCUGAAGAUUGAGGAGUUUAAGCAUCAGCUUCAGUACCUCGUGUGUCACUUCAGCAUCGAAUAUGAUGUGGAUGAUAUCAGAAGCACUGCCAAUGAGAUGGAAUUGUUCACACUGGUGAUUCGAAAAUUCAGAAGCAUUUUUAGCAAAGAGGAAACCAUGAAGACCUUCCCAGUAUAUGAUGCUUUUGAGCCUGGACUCGAACACUGGGGAAUGAAAGGCCCAAGCAUGACUCUGAAGAAAGAAGCACAUUGGAUCCCCUUUUUAAAGAUCAAACCAAAACAAGAUCCUUGGCAGCAAAAAGUCCUGACCAAACUGAAGCAGCAGAGGUACCUGGAUGAAAUUCUGAGACUGCAGGCACAGUUCCUCCAGGUGUCUGACCCAGAGCGAGUGAUGGAUGUACUUCGUCAGCAUGCUGUGGCUGUACAUGAGCCAAGCACUAUACAGCCAUUGGCUGUUACCUCACAUCCCUCGGGUCAAAACACGAGUCACAUCUGGAGUAAAAUCUAUGGAAAUGCCGAGCUUUAUCAGGAGCCGAGGCGUCAGAAGAGUGGUUCACCAGUAGAUUUCAGUGACGAGGAUGUGGGUGCUGUCAAUCUUAACAAGUGUGCCAAUACGUCGUCAAAAAAGAACAGAGAUGAAGGUUAUAACCACAGCAGAGCCAUGCAGCUGCUGGGACUGGACGAGGGGAGUGAAGAGAAUGGAAAAGACCCUGUGAUGACACAGGGGGCCUACCUGUCCCUCCUCUUCCUACGCCACCUGAGGAUCCGCGAGCUUCAGCGAAUCUGUUUAGGAACACUGAACUACUUCAGAUCGAUCGAACGAACCCUGACUAUCAAUGUAACCGGCUUAACCCUGAAUCGGGGCAAACCGGUGUGCACAGCAGAGGACACGAGCCGGAUCAGUGCAGCGAAGGGUGGCUCAGGUGUGACAGAUGGCAUAGGUUCACAUGGUUACUUACACAACACACCUGCAGACUACAAGGUGGAUCUCACCAAGUUUAUGGAGUUCUCAGAAAUCGAGAACCACGAUGAUUUCUAUGUGAAUGAGGACAGCUUCAUUCAUGUCCAGGAUCAGAGAGGGUUUUAUGUGAUGUAUGACGUGGCACUGAAGGAUUUAAAAGAGUUGGAAACUCAGCUGCUGCUGCUUGCAACCCAAUAUAUUGAGAAAGGCCAGAUAACUCCUCCUGCGGGAGGCACACCGUGUGGGCCGGUUGACCUUCCAGGCUGGGCUCGCCUCUCUCUCGAUCGAUUUGCAGUUUUGCUUGACCUGUGGAAGUGUGAAACAGCUUUUCAGGAGCACAAACGGCAGCUCCUGGAUGGUUAUUUUGAAGCCUAUCAGCAUGUCUUCGAUGUGGAGGACCGCUUUGCCCUGGCUCAGGUUAUCACAGACAUCAUGUACCAACGUCCACGGUUUAAUCUGAGCAAUGAGUACUUUGUGCAGACGUAUCAAGCUGAAUGUACCUGCCUGAAGCUUCAGUUACAACUUAUAAGGGACAUUUUGAACAAACAGAUAGAUGAUCAGCGGGAAUACGUGCAGAGGAUUUGGAGGAACAGCAAGCUGAUGGAGAUGGGUAUUGAAUUUGGUUUACCACUUAAUGUCAUUGCUAAGCAACCGGUUGCCAUUAACAACAGUUGUCCCGCCUUGAAAAAGAUUUACUUACUAGAAUUCCACCCAUCACUGGGGAUGGCUGCCCGCGUUCGACAGAUGUUGGAAUAUGCCUACAACGAACUGUGUCACACACACAGGCCAAAGACGGCUGACGAGUGCAUUGGUCUGGAGAAGCACGUCCUUAAUCUGGCAAUAGAAAAGUGGUCAGUCAUGGAAGCACCUGAGACAACCUACAGCGUCCAAGUUCAGAGAGAUCUGUUUUCGGGUGUGUUUAUUGAAGAUCCACUCUUUGUCAGAGAUGUUGGCCUUUCAUUUAUGGAUGUUACUGAAGAGGGUGAAAGCAGACAAGGAGCAGAUAAACAAGCCUUUGCGCUGCACGCUUUCUGCAGACUGCUGGAGAUCAUCACACUGCGCCACCGCCUGACGGAAACUGCCUCUGAGGCUGCCCUUUUAGCUCAGUUAUACAAGUCUGUUGCUGUGCAGAUGGGCUUUGACGAGUUCCAUCUCUAUCUGCGGCCAGUGCAGUUUGAAUUUGCAACUCACAAGGAGAAAGCUGACCAGCCACCUCCGGUCUUCAUCACGAGUCUACUGGACGAUGACAGUAGCAUUGACAGAUAUGCUCCCUCAAGCCUGCCGUUAGCGAUUCAGGAAGUAGAUGAAAACCAUAUAGGAAAAUUCAGUUUUCGCACAAAGGAAGCAGUUCUUCAGCUGAUGGCUAGACGUGGAGUAGAGAACUUGCAGGUGGCUUUGGCUUGUCAGACUGUGCAGAAGAAUUCGCUGCUUGCUGUGGUGCAGCAGGCUUUGUUGUGCUCUGUGGAGAAAGCUGCCCUGUCCAUGGACCCUAAGGACAAAUUGUUGGGUUAUCCGAGUCAGGACAACAUCACCGGUACGAGUCGUGCCAGCACAGCGAGAGAAUCAGAGAGCCAGCAGCUCGCCUUCCCACUAGGAAAUGCCCGCUCCCUUGGAAUUCGAAAGCAACAUUCUGCUACCAGGAAAAGGCCUCCGGAGGCAUUUGUUUCGAUCCAGCUGGAAAAACUCACACCCCGGGACUUGAUGCUGAAUCACUUCCUUCAGAAGAAGAGUGUCGCAGGGUUGAUCAUGAAAAAUGAUGUGGAAGUGGAGAAAAUCAAAAGAGAAUUAAUUCUUGACUACUGCAGCAAAUUUAACGAGCGCAUGUCUCAGUAUUCUUUACGCAGUCAGAUUAUCGCAUACUACAGUAGCUUGCUGGGUUUAUUGCAAGACUUCCCCGCAGCUGUCAAAACCUACUUCGUGUUGGGCGAACCUCAAGAGAAGAAAGGAGAAUGUGACUCUGAGUUGGGGCUGAUCUCGGAUCCCAGGAAACUCCAUCAGCGCCCUCGAAGUUUGUUGUCACCUGACGGAAGAACAUUUCUUAAUCUCUGGUACAUUCCUCAUCAUUCUGAAGUGCUUAUUAUGUUUAAAACCCUGGAACAAAAGGUUUGCUGGAGGGCUUUGUACCAAACUCUGGAGAUAGUGGCUGCUCUCCAUGACAUCUUCUCCUACUUGUGCUGCUUCGCGCAGCUUGGCAGCUCCCCCAGCGUUGUCUCUCAGAAGAUGCAGCCACUGGCAGCAGUCUGGGGAGGACUUGAAGGCAUUGGUUCUGAGCUUCAGGAGGUUCAGACUCAGAUAGAUAACCUCGACAAUCCAAGAGAUCCUGCCACAGUGGCAAAGUUUCUUGUUCUCAAGAGGGACGUUAUGUUCUUGCAGUUUGAUGCUGCUGUUCGCCAUUCGAUCAGGGAAGCUUUCCUUUCUGCUGGAAACACAGCAGCAUUUCAGGCUGUCACAGAUGGGAUGCAUCAAGCACUACCGGCUAUGAGUAAUUCUACAGUCAGCAACCUGUAUGGUUCAUUGCUUCCUCUGCCACAGCCAUUGGAUGCAUGGAAUCACAAGUCCCUUGCACUGUUUCCCUGGCGAGCUUUCCUUGCCCGGGAAGGUUUUCUACCAGGAAUGAUCAGCAACCUACAAAGCAUAGAGCAGAAUAUGCAGAUAUGCUUGUGCAUGCUAAGUGAUCGUGAUCUGAGCAUAGCCAAUGGCGAACUUCUUGGCGUGUCUCUGCUAAUGGAAGAUGUGGUUCAGGGUGGAAGCGAAGCAUUUCUGUUUCCAGAGAAGGGUGGGACCACAUGUGAUGAGACAGAAGCCAAAGCUGAGGAGAACUCUGUAAUUCAAGAAAAGGAAGAUGGAGAACAAUCACCUGUCAACAAAUCACUGACCUCUUCAAAAACACUAGAGCCCAUAUCGAUGUACAGGGUACUCAAAUCCUUUUUGAUAUUGUGGAAACAACUUGAGGUAUUGAAGGAUGAGUGGGGCAGGCUGAAGCUGGGUGUGGAGAGCAUCAACACUGUGACCCUCUACAAACAGUUCUGCAAAUUGUAUAGACAGGAAAUCAUGUAUCCAGCUAUGAAACCAAUAGCCCGUCGCUUAGGUGUGGAAGUCGAGUACGAGAGAAUGAUGCUGAACGAUCAGCCAUUGCUGCCACCAAAAGGGACAUCAGAAAUGGAAAUAAAGACUCGACAGCUGCACAAACUACUUGAAAGUUUGGAAGUUUACAUGAUCCGAGAACUUCAGAAAAAAAUUGCAAGGGAGUUGUCCCUUGUUAUGUCAGAAAGAGCUCGAGGAGAAGCAUCUCUGCCAACAGAUGACUGGAAACAUUCAGUCAUGACUGAAAACUUCUCAAUUACAAGGCCCCAGAUUGUUGAAAAAUUUGUUCAGAAACUGAAAGAAAAUUCACGGGAGACUGAAAGUGAGAUUACUUUCAGCAAAGAUCACUUAAGCAACUGCCUGCUGCAUCUAGCCUGUGAUGUGAUGGAAAGGGAGCGCAGUAACUUUGAGUCCUACUCCAUGUGUUACGAGAAUAUACUUCGCAGAGAGCACCAGCUGCUUUACGAGAAGGAGCAGGAAUUGAAAGGAAUGCAACAAUCUCAAACUCCCUCUGCAACAACUGAUUCACAGUUAGCUCAUUUCAGUCAUCAGAUAAUCAUAGAGAUCACAGCUCUUCGAGCAAAGUUGACUAACCUGGAAGAAGAGAGCACAAGGCUGAAAGAGGAGAUGAGAAGUGAAGUGAGACAGGAAUAUGAUGCUUUGGUCAGGCAUCUAUUUGCAUCCUGCUUUACAUUAAAGCAAAAACUAGAUGACUAUCACGUUAACAUGGACAAAGUGGCCUGCAAACUGAUCAGUGAAGUCAGAAGAAAUGGAGUGGAAAACAUGAUUAGUCUCAAGAGGAAGAUUGGCUCCACAAGACAUGAUGACAUUUUGAAAGAAAACCUAGCAUGGCAAGAUCAGCUGCAGUCCUUACGGGAAGAGAACAGCCAACUGCAGAGAGUGGUCUGUCAGCUGAAAACACUGAACUGUUGGAGAACGACAGCAAAACAAGAGAAGUUUCAAAGAUCCCACGCUGCUUUGGAGCAGAAAGUUACUCAAAUCAAGAAGGCGUAUCUCAACAUUAAAAUACUUGCGGAAGAGGAGAAGAUUCUUCUGCAGCAACAGCUCGUAGCUUUGAGAAAAGCCCUCAGCAGGUCCAAAUCAGAAAACGAGAAAACAAAGAAAGAAUUUGAAAAAGAGAAGCAGCUGUUGAAGGAAUACCGACACCGGGCAGCUCAGGAACUGAAGAGCCGACAGCAGGUGGAAAGCAUGAAAACAUCCAACAUGGAGCAGCUGCUGGAUGACGUGCAUGAGAAGGAACAGAGGCUAAAUACCCUAAACAACAAGCUCGAAACGUCCUCCAAAAUCGUUCAAAUACAGUAUCAUAAAAUCAAUAAGGAGAUCAAACAGGUACGUUGUCAGCUGUCUCACGAGCGCAGCCUGAAGCUGGAUGCCUUCCAACGGGUUGAUGAACUGCAAAGUCAGAUGCACAACUUUGAGGCAGCAUUCUCUCUCAACAGUGUUGCGGGUACUAGAAUACGAACACACUCACCAAUGAUUUCCAAAGACACUCUACAGCGCUGCUUGACUACUGCUCCAAAGAACAUUGACGGCAGUGCAACCAUUAACAGGGGAGGAAAAAGAAUACAACGGCCAAAAACAGUACCAACCAGACUUCAUAAUAAGGUGGUGGAAGCAUUAUUGCCAGAACUGGAGGAACCAAGACAUCACAGUCUCACCCUGGAGUUGAAAGAUUACAGAUUAAAGCAGAAAUAAUUGUAAGAUCCAGACAGGCAAAUUACAUGGUCAAUCAAAAUAUGAAAUCAAAGACUUGGGAGCAGGUUAUUCACUGUCUAAUCCUUUCAUGAAGUAUUUGAAUUUUUGAAAACAGGUGACUGACAACAUUUUAGACAAUGAUGCACAGUACUGUGCAAAUGUCUUAGAUAUAGAUAUAUAUCUAGGAUGCCUAAGACUUUUGCAUAGUAAUUUCAUGUAUCGCACUGUCCUGGGUCUCUACAGAUGGCCGAGAGUAGGAAGAGGGAAUUAUGGUUGGGAAGGGGACGGGAGAGGGAAACACCAGAGAUACAUUCUGUAAUGAUCAAUAAACCAGUUGUUUGGUUUGCCUGGUGUCUCAGGGUUGGGUGUGUCUGCAACCACAUCAACCACCUCCCCCCACUGCCCCCAUUCUCCACCACCUGUCCCACACCCCUCCCAACAUCCACUGUUCCUACCAGGAUUUACACAUAUGCUCUCCACAUUGACAAACACAGUACCUUGCAAAAGUCUUAGACAUCCUAGCUUGCUCGCGCUCUCUCUCUCUAUAUUUUUUAUUUAUACACACAGUGACACACACUUUAGACUUGUGAACAGUACUGUAUCUAUAAUAAAAUUCACAAUUUAACUAAGCAGAUCCAACAUUUUUCACUAGGAGUCCUACCAAUUUUGGUCUUAAAAAUACAGAUGCCAAAUCUGUCAUAUACCUAUUGGUAUCUCCCAAGUAGAAUUCUUAUUUGGAAUUCAGCAAGGUGGGGGGGGGGGUAGAAACUUAUGAAACUAAGACUUGAAGGAGCUUUGAUGUGACAAAUUCGUUAAAUAGCAAAGAAUACAACUUGGUUGAUAAAUGCACAAGACACAUUAUGACUGUGUUUAGCUAAUUUCUCAAGAAACUAGUUUUAAAAACCCUCUCUCCACAAUAAUAUUUAUACUCAUCCAA